GUGGAUGAGUUACGCACAUCAUUCGAUAGGAAUUUCAUACAACCGAAGGCAACCGAAACUCAAGGAUGAUGAUGUACAUCGCACCAAACCUUAAGAUGCAGAACAAACUUUGAGAUUGUAAAACGAAAUUUUGUUUUCAUUUGUAAGAAACAUGAAGUAACUUUUGGAAUUCAUAAUUAUAAGCAUUUUCCACGAAGUGCAACCAACAGCAGCAAUUUUUGACAAACUGACAAAAAGAAAUCAACCAUCAAGCUGCAAUUACAGCACAAAUACGACGAAUUUGAAUAGUACUAAGACAACAACAAAAAAUAAAAACCAACUCGAAUGGGAUUAUUUUAUUCAGUUUAAUUAGAUUUUUAGUUUUCGAGUUGACUAACUUAUUGCACAAUUACAAGAUAAUUGACAUUGGAACCAAAAUCAAGCAACUCCCACGUUUCUCCCCCCCACCCACACAAAAAUAUUGUAGAAGAUAAAAAUUUAGUUUUUUUUUACAAUUUGCACACGAAAGCCAAACGACGUCUUCAUGAUGUUACCCAAAUUAGAUUUGAGUAUAGAGCCAUUUAGAACGAGGACGAGAAUGAUGGCGCCAACGACACCAUCAGAGACAGCAUCACAAACCAUGUCAGCGUCAAGGACGCGGCGCUGGAGCUGUUCAUCUUCAUUGGCAACCACCACAUAUCUUUUAGUGCUUUUGAGUUUGCAACUACUAUUGGUGCUGAAUCCUGUUGUCGUGUCGUAUGCUGAAAGAGAUUUUAAUUUUAAUGAUUCACAGGUUCCCUUACUUGAACCCAAAGAUGAACCCACAUUAAUUGAAGGUCACCACUCAUCACAUCAUCACCAGCAGGCGCUGUCGCCGCCGGAACAGCAUCAGCAUCAUCAACACCAACACCAGGACCCCUAUGCUGUGGAAUUGUCACAUUGCCGUUAUGGCGACAAUGAGUUGGUAUUGUCGCUGGUGCUGCAGAAUUACAAUUGGCACGAUCUCAAUGAGAGCCGCAAGGCCAAAGUUUUGGACAAGCUAUCAAAAUUCUUUGCCAUACCAAAGGAAUUUAUUGCCAUGGAAAGUGUCAGCAAACAUGAUCUGUACGAAAUGCAAAAGGAAUCAUUGAAGAAGGGAAACAAUAAGUGCCAUACCCAUAAUAAUCGUAAAUUGGGACGUGUUGAUUUUAUCGUGGGCUGUCGUUCAACUUAUUUUAGCCUUACCGAACCAAUUGCCAAACAAAUCGAACAACAGAUGAAAGAUGGUGCUCUGGAUAAUAUUACAGGCGAGAAAUUCGGUUGGUGGGUAAUUUGGCGUAAACAUUACAAGACCAGGGCUAUGCGUAAUCGACGUCAAGCCGAAGGAUCGGGAACCCAUGACUACGAUGAAGAUGUUGAUGAGGACGAAGAAUACGAAUAUGAUGAUGAAGACAUUGUGGAUCCCCAACAACCCGUUUCCAGCACCAGCACUACCACCACGCACAAAACCUAUGGCCAAUCGGCCAGCGCUAAUGCGGACGAUGAUGAGUCGGAUCUUGCUUCGAACACCUUGGAAGUGGAAACAAUUCGCGAGUCAAUAACACACAAUCGAGAUGAUAUCACAGCCUUAAAACACACCGACUCCGAACCAAUUGCCAUCAGCGAUCACACUAAACUCUCCAAGAAGGGUCCCCUUGAUGAGGAGAUAGAUGAGAGUGUAUCAAAAUUGGAAUCGGUCAUUACCAAGACCAUUGAGAAUACCAAACACAUAGAAGAUAUACGAGCAAUAAAAUGAUUAAAGUCGAUGUUAACAAAUACGAGGACGAUGAUAUGGAAGAUGAUGAAGACGACGACGAUGAGCAGACCAAUGAGGAAGUCGAAGAUUUUGUAAAUCGCUUGGCCUUCAUCGAACAAAUGAGUGGAGGCCUCAGCACAGAUAUGCCACCUCUGCUGCCGCCCCAUCAUUCUCAUGCAGGCUUGGAGGAGUCAUCGGCAUCCACCAUGCGCCAUUAUGUGGCCACUACAACAACACCUGCAACACCGGAGGGAGAUGGGGAAGCCACACACCACUUGUCCAGCUCUUCAGCAAUGGCAGGAGUUGGAGUUGGAGCAGGAGCAGCCGCAGGACCUUCCAGCAAUGAAGUGCUUAUGGCCACAACAUUGCCUCCAUACAAUUUACUAACACCACCACCACCACCAUCGACCACAACAUUAACCACACCGACCACCACCACCACCACCACCUCCACCAUGACUGACACACAAGACCACGAUGAGGUGGCACCCAUAGAAAGUAUCCUCACUGGCAAAAAGGUGGUUUACUAUGAUACCACAUUGGAGCCGGAAGAUAAUCAGGAUAGCCACACUAGUAAAAUGCCCUCUCCCACUACCACCUCUGAGGAUGCUCUCUACUUUGCUUCCUCUUCCACCAAUCCACCCACUUCAACUCCCCAAUUGACAGUUUCCUCGCCAAUUACCCCCACCCAGGAAGUACCUGCUGCUACUACAUCAGUCGUGCCCGACUACAUUGAACCCAGAGUGGAAAAUUCACCUCCCCUGAUUAAGACUCGUCUGCAGAAGUUUGCUGUGACCUCAGGCAAAUCGUUUAAAUUCAGCAUACCCGAAGAUACCUUCUAUGAUGCCGAAGACAUGACAAAUCUACGUUUGGAGUUGACCGAUAAGGAGGACCGCGAACUCAAGUCAAAUUCAUGGCUACAAUUUAAUGCCGAAACCAAGGAAGUUUAUGGAUUGCCUUUAGAUGACUCUGUGUCGAAGUGGUUAUAUCGUCUGACUGCAACGGAUUCUGGCAAUGAUUCUGUCGUUGAAACUUUGGAAAUAUCGGUGCAACAACAUCGUGGUGUGCGAACUGUUAAUCAUGAGGUUAACAUUGCAGUGAAGAUCAAUGAAAAGAAUAUGCAUUAUAUCGACUGGCAAAUGAAAUUGAUUAAAGCAAUUGCCACCACCUUGGGCGAUGACAACACCAACUCCAUUGUAGUGCGAGAGAUUCGUGCUAAUCCUCAAGAUCCUUCCAUUGCAACCCUGGUGUAUUUCAAUGAAACUCUGCCCACAAGUGAAUGCCCUGAAACUGAAUUGAAUAAUUUGGUUAAACGUCUCGAUGCACACCGCCUCAGUGAUUUGGUGCAUCCAACCUUGGGCAUUAAGUCAAUAACUGGUCAAUUGAUUGGUCCUUGCCAGAAGACAGCAGUGAAAGCUAAAACACCAGCGAUUAGUGUAAAGAAUUCCCCACCGGUACCACGCAAUCAAGUCGAUAGGGUUGUAGCCACCGCUGGCCACUUGCUGGUCUACAAAGUUCCCAGCGAUACAUUCUUUGACGAAAGUAAACUCACACUAAGUCUAAAGACCAAAGAUCAUCGGGAGCUUAGUCCACGCCACUGGUUGCAGUUUGACUCUAAGAACGAGGAAUUCUAUGGUGUUCCCAAGAAUGGUGAUAUCGGCGCUGAGGAAUACAUGCUGGAAGCCGUGGACACUUCGGGACUAACAGCCACCGAUGCUUUGGUGGUGCAGGUCAAUCCUGCGCCCAAGCGCGACUACACUGUCUACUACAAGGCCUAUUUGGCCAUAAAGCAUGAAAAUUUCAAUGCCGAUUUGCAUCGAAAGUUCGUUGAACGUAUUGCCCAACUAUUUGGCGAUGCAUCUACGCAAAAUAUUCAAAUACGCACGGCAAGUGUUAUACACGAUUCGGACAGUACCCUGGUCACUUUCUACAAUACCACAUUCUACAAGGUGCACAACCGUUGUCCGGAAGAGGAAAUGGAAGCAGUGCGAAAUGUCUAUCUGCAGGAUGGCAUGAUGCGCGAUAGAGUGAAAAAAACAUUGGGUCCUGAACUGAAUAUUACAAACAUUCAAGUGCAUACUUCAAAUUGCAAUGCCCAAACUGAUAUCAUUCAUCGCGAUUAUGUGCCCAACAAAACCGAAGAACCACUGCUGAAGUCAACCUUCUCAGAUGACUAUCUCUACACCAUCAUCCUGCCAGCUAUUAUCAUUGUGACAAUGAUCAUAAUCGCCUCCAUUAUUGCCUGCUGUUUGCAUCGUAGACGACGCAAGAGUGGCAAAAUGGAAUUAGGCGAUGAAGAGGAACGCAAAUCCUUCCGUAACAAAGGUAUACCUGUUAUAUUCCAAGACGAAUUGGAUGAGAAACCUGAAAUUGGUAACAAGAGUCCUAUUAUCUUAAAGAACGAGAAGCCACCAUUAUUACCACCCUCCUAUAAUACAUCAAAUAUGAAUGGUGAUAAUGAUUGCGAUGAAUAUGUGCCCCCACCAGCUGUGGUGGUUGGUGGUCGCGAGGCCAGAGGAAAAUCACCCGCCACACCAUCAUAUCGUAAACCCCCACCAUAUGUAUCACCCUAAAUGCAAAGGAGGAAGUCCAAGACGAGCCCUAAGGAAUAAUUGAUAAAUACAUUAAAAAAAAAAAAGAAAACAAAACACAAAUUAACACCUAAACAAAAGGAAUAUAUAACACAAAUCUAUAUAGAAAACGACAAGCCAUACACAUACACAAAUUUAAAAUACAAAAACCAACAAAAAGUCUACAAACAAACCAACCAACCAACCAACAACAAACAAACAAACAAACAAGAAAACAAUAACAAACAAUACUUAAUAUUAUUAAUGAAUGAUGGAAAUAAUAAUUAUAUUGCAAAUAUUAAUUUAAUAUUAAUGAUACGUCUACUAUAAUAACUGCAUAUACAUACAUAUACACAUUGAAGUAAUAUACAUACAUCUCUACAUAUACAUAUUUAUGGAAUUAAGUGUCAAAAAGUGAAACAAAACAAAACAUAACGGAAACGGAAACAGAAACAGUUACAUUUAUUAAUAUAAGUGAAACGGAUGGAGUAAAGCAACAAUAACUUAUUUAAUACACGAACGGAAACAAAACAAAAACAAAUAUACCGAUAAUAAGCGAUAAGAUGAUAAACUCGAUGUUCAUACUACUUACGAGACGAUAUAAGAAUGAAGCUAAAGAUGAUAAUGAUGUACUAUACUUAUACUUACCUUAUAUAUUUAUUAUAUUAUUACUAUUAUUAUUUGUACGUAUGACUAUAUUUAGAAAUAUUUCGUUUGCAAAAGGACAACCGAUUGAUAUGUGAAGAAUAAGCUUAAAUUCGAUACGAACACCCCCCCAGCUAGGUAACAACUUUUCGCACUUUCUUUAUGUCUCCACUCCCUCUGAAUGUUUUUUUUUUUUUUUGGUUUGAGAA